AUGUUUAAUAAUGAAUUAGAUUCUAUAAUAAUUAAUAAACUUCAAAAUUCAUUAAACAUUCCAAAUACAAAUACUAAUAAUAUUAAUACUAUUGCUACUGUAACUAAUUCUAAUGAGUCAAAUACUAAUUCUACUAAUAAAGAAAAUAAAAAGUAUGGUAUAGGUUAUAAAAAGAAAUUAAAAAUUUCAUCUGAUAAAUUAAAAUUAUUAAAUCAUAUACAUCAAUCCAAUUUCAAAACUAAAAAGAAAAUUAAUAAAAUUAAUAAAAUUAAUAAAAAUAAUGAAAAGAAUGAGAAAAAAGAUAAUAUAACAAGAUUAGAUUUAAUUUUUAAUAAUCAAUAA